UUCGUGGCACGCGCCGGGCGGUUGGUGCGGGGCUGUGGCCUGCCCACCCCGCAUCCCCUCAUGCUCACCUUAGGCCCCCCCUUUUAGGGCUCCCCUCACGAAGCGGGCGUGCAGCAGUGCCUCAAGCUUUACCUCCGUUGCCCUCGCCGUAGACCUAAGCUCGUGAGGCAUUGAGCAAGAGACUUUCAUUUUGGCAGUAAUCCAGGCAUUGGUGGUUUAUAGUGAAGUGAUGCUCUUGCAUGGUACCGGACUCGUAGUCCACUAUUUACUAUGUGCCUGAUAAGCUAAGUGAGAUGGAGAGCCUGGCUUUCAAAAAUUUUGGACCUGCCACCAGAAAAUUUAAUAAAGUCUAUAUCUGCAGUUCCUGUCUCCAAAAAACGGCUGAUUCCAGCUGAUUUCCAGCUUUCUAUUGAUUCCAUAACAGAAGACAGUUCUAGUGAUCACUCAGCACAAGAUCUUCAGCUUCGAGCUCAGAUGUUAGCAGAGAAGCUGAAAUGUGAUGCUGUAGUGACUGAAAUCAGCACUGGUCCGGGAACAGUGAACUUUAUGAUAAACAGGGAAUUAUUAGCAAAGACUGUGUUGCAGCAAGUGUUGAAAGAUGGCUCAGAAUAUGGAAUAAAAAGUGAACUCUUCUCUACAGUGCCUAGACAAAAGACAGUGAUUGAAUUCAGCUCCCCUAAUAUUGCCAAAAAGUUUCACAUAGGACACUUGCGUUCCACAAUAAUAGGAAAUUUUAUAGCAAAUCUCAAAGUUGCGUUGGGACAUCAAGUAACAAGAAUAAAUUACCUUGGUGACUGGGGCAUGCAGUUUGGCUUACUGGGUGUUGGUUUCCAACAGUUUGGUAACAACGAAAAGCUAAAAUCCAGUCCUUUACAACACCUUUUUGAGGUGUAUGUACAGAUUAAUAAAGCAGCAGAAGAUGAAAACACAAAAAAGCUGGCUAAGGAUUUCUUUAGAAAACUGGAAGAACAUGAUGAGCAGACAUUGUCACUUUGGAAACAAUUUAGAAGCUUCAGUAUUGAAGAAUACAUCCGGAUUUAUAAGCGACUAGGAGUGCACUUUGAUGAAUAUUCUGGAGAAUCAUUUUACCAAGAGAAGUCCCAGGAAGUUCUGAAGAUGUUGGAGGAAAAAGGACUCCUUCAGAAAACAAUAUUCGGCUUGCAGUUACUUCAAUGUUUUCUCUCAAAAUGCAGGAAAGGGACAGGAAUUGUGGAUCUCUCAGAAAAGAAAGACCUCUCAUCAUUUUCCACUGUCAUGCGUAGUGAUGGAACAUCUCUGUAUAUAACAAGAGAUCUUGCUGCUGCUAUAGAUCGAAUGAAUAAACAUAACUGUGAUACUAUGAUGUAUGUGACAGAUAAAAGUCAAAGUAAUCACUUUCAACAUUUGUUCCAAAUACUGAAGCUAAUGGGUUAUGACUGGGCAGAAAGGUGUCAGCAUGUGUCUUUUGGGUUAGUUCAAGGAAUGAAGACUCGGAGAGGAGAAGUUAUUUUCCUGGAAGAUGUUUUAGAUGAAGCUCGCUCAAGGAUGUUACAAAACAUGGCCUCUGCAAAAACAACCAAAGAGAUAGAGAACCCUUUGGAGACAGCAGAGAAGAUUGGUCUUGCGGCACUAAUAAUUCAGGACUUCCAGGGCCUUCUGUCAUCUGAUUAUCAGUUUAGCUGGGAUCGAGCUCUUCAAAGUCGGGGAGAUACAGGUGUGUUCUUGCAGUACACACAUGCCAGACUCCACAGUUUAGAGCAGAUGCAUGGGAAUGAGCAGCUGACUGAUGUUAAUGUGGCGUGCUUGCAAGAGCCAGAGGCCAUCUCAGUUCUUCAGCAUCUUCUCAGGUAUGAUGAGGUCCUGUAUAGAUCUUCUCAGGAUAUGCAACCCAAGCACAUUGUCAGCUACCUCCUCACACUUAGCCAUCUUGCAGCUGUGGCACAUAAAACCCUUCUUGUGAAAGGCAGCGCCCCUGAAUUAGCCCAGGUACGGCACAAUGUUGUUAUGUGGCUGAAGUCUGUGUGGGGCACCCAAGGAGUGCUGCGUUAUGGCUCUGUGAGACCAGCUUUGGAACUACUGAGAGAAUAUGCACCUUCAGGCUAACAAUAUGAUGGGCGGGCUUGCAUGGUGGCACCACUUUGGGAACGCAGGAGCUGUUCAUGACUCUGCCUCCUGGAAAGGGCUGCUCUGCCUGACCUUCCUAAAACAGAAUGCUCAAUAAGGAGAACUAAUCCAAAUCCAAAGAAACUCUUUCUUUCUCAUCACCUUUCCCUCUGAACUGUUUUUUAAGCAUAUAUUUAACUUGCUCGUUAAUGUGUCACAGUUUCCUUUAGUUCUUAUGUGGGAAGACAAAGAAUUAGGAGAUGACUGAAUUUCUCCUCCCUCUUUCCACCUACCUCUCCCAAAUUGUCUGUAUUGCCCUUCUACUUAGUGCUAGCUAGAGCACUUAGGCUGAAAACUGUUAAUGUGCAGUUCCAGAGAGAUGCAUAUUAAUUUCUGCAAAUCUCUCAGGAAAUGUUUGAAUCCUUAACUGCUCAGGAAAAAAAUAUACAGUCUUUUUUAUUUUCUCUGUUAUUCAUUUCAAAAGCAAUUACCUAUCUGCUUUUGGUCAGAGAUUAUUCUUAAGCAUUAAGCCAUAUUGGCGGGGGUGGAUGGGGAAGAGAAUAAGUGAAAAUGAUGAAGCUGCACUUUUAGAUGGCUGCUUAGAUACUAGAGAUAGUCCUGUCUUUGGAGGUGGUUCUGUGUAUUCUUGGGAAGAAGAGCUAAGAAAGUCCAAGCGACAAGGAAAAUUCCAGCUCCUUAUCCUUCUAACUGUCUUUACAAUGUGACAGCUUUCAAGAACUGUUUGGGGGGGGACAAGGUUUGAUAGCACCCUUCUCUAACAGCCAGUUGUGUAACAGCUAAGCAGAUGCUGACAAUGAACAAUGAAAUUUCCAGAGCAUCCCAUAGCUGUUUGAUAGUAUCUAAUCCAGGCAUAGUGGGAAGGGGGACUUCAGCUGUAUCUUCAGCCUCUAAAAGCCUGUGCUGUGGCCACCAAUGUCAGUUUUGUGAUGCAUAAAAGCUUUUCACUUUUUAGCAAUCAGUAGCUCUUCUGCAGGCAUCCUUUCUGGUCACUGCUCUGAGGGUGCAGGGCAUUUCAUUUAUUUUGUUCUGUAUGUAUAAAAGUCAUUAUUAAACUAAGCUGGACACCA